AUGGAACCAAACAGUCCUAAAAAGAUACAAUUCGCCGUGCCAUUAUUUCAAAGUCAAAUAGAUUCUGAAGCAGCUGAACAGAUCAGGAAAAGAAGGCCCACCCCAGCAUCCUUAGUAAUUAUGAAUGAUUCGUCUCCUGAAAUAGAUGAGAAGAGAAUGAACAACAACUCCCAAGAUGAAUCACAGAACGUCUCCCCUAAACAGAGGAAGCAGAGUGUCUACACUGCGCCUGCCAUGAAAGGAAUUAAGCAUCUAAAAACCCAGAAGGACCUGGCAUUUCCAGAGGAAGAUGAAGGAGUCUGUGAAAGGGAUGAGGAAUAG